AUGGAGGGCCACAAUCGGUUGUAUAACGACUACUUUGCUGACUCCUCGGUGUACCCCGACUACAUUUUUCGUCGUAGGUUCAAGAUGAAACGUGACCUGUACUGUAAGAUUGUGAAGGAGGUUGAGGACCAUGACCCGUGGUUCCAGCAAAGGAGGAACGCUGCAGGAGAGCUUGGGCUGUCAUCCCUGCAAAAAGUAACUGCGACUUUCCGUAUGUUAGCUUACGAUGCUCCUGCAGAUUCUCUCGACGAGUGCCUCCGGCUAGGGGAGAGCACCAUCAUUGAGAGCAUGAGGCGGUUCGUGCGUGCUAUUGUCGAGGUGUUCGGUGACGAGUACAUCCGUGCUCCGAACGAGGAGGACACUGCUCGAUUGCUGGAUAUGAACUAG